GAAUAUCAACAACAUGCACAAUAUUGAUCUUAUCGAAAUAAAUCCUAACACAGCGGAAUCUAUAGUUAGGAUCUGGACAUUACCUUUUAAAAUUUUUAGCCGACUCACGUUUCUGAAUUCCGUUGGUGAAGUUCGUCUGAACACCACAAUCCGAUGGGCUGAUAGAUUUGGCCUUUUCUCGAUUCUAAUCGAGUUGUUGAACGAAUCACAGAAUCAAACUCGAAUCGUUUCGAUCGUCGGGGUUGCAGCGGUUCGGUCAGAUCGCGGCGGUGAAACGGCGCUCGCAGGAAGAUGUGGUCGGCUCACGCGAACAGACGGACGGGCGCUGUGUAAUAUCCCGAUAUUUUAUCGGUAUAAAUUACGUUUCAGUUCCGAUAUAAUAACGUUAUCGUUUAUUAUUUUCGGAAUUAAUUAUGUUCAGUCGAGAUUACCGAAAUUUAUUUUCGACGUACCGUUUACGUUCGAAAUAAUUUUGGUAAUUAAGCAUUAUGCGGGUUGUACAUGGGACAUGUUUAAGAAUCUAGUCCGCGACAAGUACUACCCUUCCUACUAUCGGGCAGAGAUGGAGCGCCAGUUCUUAGCGCUUCAGCAGGGUACUCGUACUAUCGAUGAGUACGAGCGAGAGUUCACCAGGCUUGCAGGUUUCGCACCGGAUCUUGUUCGUACGGAGGCCCAGAGAGCGCAGCGGUUCAUUGACGGACUUUACCCAGCAGUCCGUCAUAACAUU